AAAAAACAUACAACUCAACAAAGCCAUGGCAAGCAAAACAGCAGUUCUCAUAGCGUUCGCCGCCUUCCUCGUGUCCGCCUUCGCCGCCCUGGGAACGGCGGCGAGGGACCCGGAGCUGGAGAUAUGCCGCCAAAGAUGCAGAAUCCAGACGGUGGUUGACCCGUCACAGAAACAGUCCUGUUACAGCAAGUGCCUCACCUACAGCCGGGAAAGAGAAGAGCGGCGGGAGAGAGAGGAAGGGCAGGGGCAGGAGGAGCGAGGGGAGGACAGUCCUUUCGUGUUCCGGCCACGUCACUUCCUGACCGCCCAUUCCUCUGACCGGGGCAGGCUUUCGAUUCUUCAGAGGUUUUCGGAGCGGUCAAACCUUUUCCAGAACAUCGAGCCUUUCCGCCUCGGAGUUCUCGAGGUGGAACCCAAAACCUUUGCUCUCCCGAACCACAUCGAUGCUGACUUGAUUUGCUUCAUUGCUAAUGGGAAGGGAAUCCUGAAUAUCAUUCAGGAGAACAAGAGGAGAAUCUUCAAUGUCACUGAAGGCGAGUUGGUGGUCAUCCCCGCCGGAGCAACCACUUACCUAAUCAACCCCGACAGUGACAGAAAGCUGGUCGUAGUUAAGCUCAUCCGAACAAUUUCCUCCCCCGGCCGUUUUGAGG